UGAACGUAAUCCAAAGUUUUUGUUUUGUAAUUUUUAUUUAUUUUGUUUUCAACAAACACAAUCGACGAGAAAAAAUAUCUUGUUAUUCAAAAUUGGUAUUUUAAUCAAGUUUCAUAAAUAAAUACAGUAAUUAUCCAGUUAAUAAUAAUAACUCAAAAGCUAAAAACAUGGCUGCAUCAGCAGAUGUACCGGUAAAGUACGACUUCAAAAUACCGGAGAAAAAUAUCAAAAACGUAAUGGACAUGGCCAUAUGGGAAAAAUCCGAAGCUUAUUACGAUAUAUUCGGCUUCAUCAGCAGCAUGUGCGUGGCUCUACAGGGAACGAAACAGAGUCAAACUUUGGAGUAUAGCCCGGUAAUUCAGAAGCUGAUCGAUGCGCUUAGAAGAUUGGAACAGCUGGCUAUCGAAACUCCUCCCGUUGAUCAACCGGCUCGUUUCGGGAAUGUUGCUUUUCGAAGCUGGUUCCAGAAGAUGCAGAGCGAAAGCGCAACUUUGAUCGAAGAAGCCAUCCCAGAUCAGCUGAGAGAUGCUGUUCCGGAGUUGAAUGUUUAUUUUGCGGAAUCUUUCGGGAAUGCGACGAGGAUCGAUUAUGGCACGGGACACGAACUGUCGUUCGUUAUGUUUUUGAUGUGUCUUUUCAAGAUCGGAGCCAUCGAACGGAAAGAUGAGGUUGCUGUUGGAUUGCGAUUGUUCCAUCAGUAUUUGAACUUUGUCAGAAAACUGCAGGUAACCUACCGGAUGGAACCGGCUGGUAGUCACGGUGUUUGGAGUUUGGACGAUUUCCAGUUCGUUCCGUUUAUCUGGGGAAGCGCACAGUUGGCUGUUAAGAGCCCCAUCGAACCGGCCCAAUUCGUCGAGGAUAACAUAAUCGAUGUUUACAGGAAGGAGUUCAUGUUUGUUGGAUGUAUUGACUAUAUCCGCCAGGUUAAAACGGGCCACUUUGCGGAGCAUUCGAACCAGUUGUGGAGCAUCAGUGCAGUACCAUCGUGGGCGAAGAUCAGCACCGGUUUGAUCAAGAUGUAUCAGAAGGAAGUCAUGUCCAAGUUUCCCGUGAUUCAGCAUGUUUAUUUCGGUUCUAUUUUGACGCUGAAUCCGGUGAAACCCGGUAAAAUGCUGCCAAGUCCGCGUUUGGGAAUAUUGCCGAGAGUAAAUUUGGCAACUAUGGCCGGUCCACCAAAGUUUGAUUCCGCCGAUGGUAAGUAGAUUGUUUGUAACUUUUUAUUUAUUGCCAUUCAGUAAACAACGUAUCGAAUAAAAUCUCUGAUCUAUGAGAAAA